GAACCCCUCUUCUUCACUUCAUCCAUCUCACUAGCUACACUACACCCCUUCUCUCUCUCUCUCUCUCUCUCUCUCUCUCUCUAUAUAUAUAUAUAUAUAUAUAUAAAUACAUAUAUACCUCUUUUGGCUUCGUCUUCUCUCCCACCACACCACACACCGACCCUCUCUGCCAUUUUCGACGCGUUUAUCUUGCUUUUUCCACACCUGUGUUCUCACCACUGGCAGCAAUAUUUCCAACCCACGCCCUCUAAAUACACACAAACCUUCUUAUCCUAAUCUUUACUUAUACCAUUCCAAAAUUGCACCACGCCUGUGUUUGUCUCCCUCUUUCUCACACACACACACACACACACACAUACAUUAUAUAUAUUACAGUUAUCGUACGUUUUGAUAAUUACAAACAAUGGACAACUUCCCUACUACGGUCCCUCAUUUCCUUACAUCAAGUACUAGUACUAGUACAACCUCAUCCUCACCCUUAAUCCACUCCAAACAACCAAAAAUUAUGGCUGCUACUACAACAACUACAACUCAUGAUGAUUCUCACAAUUCCCAUUUCAUCUCCUCCAUCCAUACCUCCCCUCAGUUCUGUUAUGCGGCUCCAACCUACUGGGGUCAUCAAGAUCAUCAAGGCCGCCGCUAUCAAUUUCCUGCGGGAAGUGGCAGUGUUCAUCAACCUGCUGCUGCUCACCGGUCUGGUAUGGCCUAUCACCCAUUCAUGAUGGCAACCGGCCGACAGACUAGUGGUGGUGGAGUACUAGUGGGGGUAUCGGAAGAGCAAGAGAGAAGGCUUUUGGAUGCCUGGACAACCAAAGUUGCAAGGAGUAAGAGGAGAAUGGCUCGUCAAAGGAGUCUCAAUUUGGUCACCACGCAGUCUUCUCCUCCUCCUUCUUCUUCAACUAAUCAUCAUGCAGUUACUAGUGUCUCCACUGCCACUACUCUCGGCGAGUACAGAAGGGAACAGCCCAUUUCUGGCUCCGGCGACCGAGAUCUCUACACCUUUUGUACUCCAGAUAAGAAGAGACUGAGGAUACUGCUGAAGAAGGAGUUGAAGAACAGUGAUGUUGGGUCUUUGGGAAGGAUUGUCCUUCCAAAGAGGGAGGCAGAGGAAAAACUUCCAACCCUUUCUGAUAAAGAAGGCAUCCAAGUAGUGAUGAGAGAUGUAUAUUCAAAUCGGGAAUGGAGUUUAAGAUACAAGUACUGGUCAAAUAACAAGAGUAGAAUGUACGUCCUGGAAAACACUGGAGAAUUUGUGAAGCAGAAUGGACUGGAGAUUGGAGAUUCCAUUGCUCUUUACGAGGAUGAAUGCAAGAAUCUCUACAUCUCCAUGAAAAAGGGAACGAAAGCAGGAACCGAAUGCUCACCAAAACGACACCUCUCUAACCAAAAGAUCACUGUAAACGACCACAACAAUCUUAGCAACAGCAACAGUACUACUACAAGCAGUGAUGAGGUCUACGACAUCCACAACAAAGCAAUUGCUAGUAGCAAAACAUCAGCAGACCACGAAAAUUCAUUUUUAUCAGGAAGCUACGACGCAUUGGAAGAGGUGGCUAGAGAUGAGGAAGACGUGUCCCUAGCUUUGCUUAUAGAACAACUCAACCACAAGGAACAGCAAGAAGCUAACACCCUAGACACCACCUUGUCCCACAUCGAAUAUGGUAAUAAUAAUGAUUCUUCAUCCAUUAGCUAUAACGACGUCGUAAUAAGUUGUAGUGAAGGAAUGCCUUCUAGUGAUCAAACGAAGAUAGAGGAAGCAGUUCAGCCAGCACCAUGUCAGCCUUCACCAUGGUGGAGAAGCUUUGAUGAGCACUUCGAAGACUGUUAUGGCGGCCUUGACACCCUUCCUGAAGUAGGCCAGUAUGAAUAUUACGGCACCUCUUCCACUCUGUUUGAUCAUCGCUUUAUGAGUGACAACUGAGAAAAUAAGUUCCGGUUUCUUUUUUCUUUUUUUUGGUGGUAGUACUUGGAAAAUUGUCAAAUUACAAGUACUUUUUAUAACAUCAUAUAGACAUAUACCUAUAUAUUCAUCUAAUUACAUUUCAGUAUGAGAACAAACACAUUCUAUUUCAAACUAGAAUAUCUUCAUGUCAUAGAUUUUUAUUUUAUAAGAAUUUGUUGGAUUAAAAUCUCUAAAGUGGCCUCAUAUGUAUUUGUAUAUUCUUA